GGUAUGCGGUGCUAAGAAUCCAGCGUCUUCCUCCGGUUCAAGUGUCCGGUGACUGGAGUUUCCUAGUGAAGUUGCCGCCGAAAAGUUUUCGUGAGGAUGCCGUGGUCUUGAUGGCUUCGCAUGUUGGCCUGAUGCCAUCCGCAGACUCUGCGCUCCGCGUGCAGGUGCAGGAUGUAUGGCAACGGGGCGAACCGUUGUCAGCGGAAGUUGCGUACAUACGCCAUAGUCACCUCUCGCACAGGUUGCCCGUUACGUGUUGGGAAAAUCCUUUUGUGGCUGGCCGGGAUGGCAGCCCUGAGCUGGUGGUUCUCAAGUACAUGCAGUGGUUCCCCAAAGCAGGCUUGGAGCAGCGUUUGCCGGAGCUUCGGGGCAAGAAGCUGGCGUGUGACUGCGGAGCCUCCGACCUUUGUCAUGGUGACUUCCUUCUAGGGCUCCUGUUGCCGAGCACAGACGUGUCAGGUCUGCAGAUCCCCGGGAGUGUUGCUUACCCCAUCAGUCAAUCCUCCAUAGAUCUCGUCAAUUCGCCGCCUUUUACAGCUUUUGGUGACUGGCUGCGUGAGCGUGGGCUGCCCGAUGCCGGCGUGCUUGGCCCUCGAGCUCUGGGCUCGGCGUGUGUGAUGGCCCGGCGAGCGAGUGCGGCAGACCAAGGUGCUGUUGCCAAUAAGCGCCAUGCCGUACCACCCGUUGUGUCGGAUGGACAGACUGCAGACAGCCAUUUCCGGUGUGCCCUGGAUGUCCAACUGCACGGGUGCCCUCUUGACGGGGAAGCAGUAGUGGACCACGAUGUGCAGUUUGCAGCAGCUAGCAUGGCAACUGACCUCGCAAGUCUGCGGCGCAUCAGGGCGGAUGCCAUGGCACUCUUGAAGGAGUUGGCUCUGCGGCUUUGGCCUGUGUCGCAACAGUUGCAUGCUGUGCAACACCAAGACGUGCACUCUGUCAAUCCUCGUGUCCACCUAGCGUUAUUUGCAGUGUGCGUCGUGCUGCUGGCCUGGCCGGACACGUCCCUUGUCCAAGGGUUGUUAGAGGGCUUUUUGGCUGUCGGGUACCAGGAACCAUGCGGGGUGUGGCAAAGCAAGCCUGCACGUUUCUGCACCUUGCAGGAUGCUCUGAGUGAGGGUAGACGUGAUGCUGAAGCUGUUGUGUCCUCUCUCCGACCGUCAGAAGACGACCAAGUUGUGUGGGAAGCUGGGGAGCAGGACGAGAAGGCAGGAUUUUGUCACCCGAGUGUGGGGUGGCAGGAACUGACUGCUGCUGGGCGACUUUUCCGCGUGAUUCGGCGCUUCGUCGUGACGCAGGCCAGCGGCAAGAAGCGCGUCAUUGAUGAUGCUCUGGCCGGCAGGCAGAGCGAAUUAAGCAGUGAUGCCAACAAGCUCCAGUUCUGUUCGGCCAUUCAGCCGUGCCUUCAUGCGCAAGCCCUUGCAGCAGAGUUGGCCCGCCAAGGAAAGCGUUGUGCUGAGUGGCCUGAUACCCUGGCCACAGCGGGAGAGGACCUGCAUGAUGCAUAUCGCAAGAUCCCAAUGCGCCCGGAUCACGCCUGGGCGUGUGUUGUAGCUUACAACGAUUGCCGGGCUGGGGGCCUCACUGCUGUAAAGGACCGGCAGUAUGCUUCUCGCGGCCAUGCUUGCCUCACUGACGAGCUGCGUUCAGCCUUUGACACCAUCCGAGCUGUGCUUGACAUGCGGCCUCAGCGUCCUGUUCGUGUCCUUCCCCAGUUGGGUAGCAGAGUCUUGGCAGCUAGUGGUGCUGCCCAGGAUGCAUGCCGGAUUGGAUCCGGAGGGUUUCUUGUGGUUACUCCCAAGAAAGAGCGGCUGGGCGCAGUCGUCCCUGUUGAUGAUGCAGUGUUCCAUCUCUGGGACGAGCAAGAGACGAAGAUUGCUCAGUUGGAGCUGCUCAUG